CGCCCGCGGUAGCUCAGUUGUCGCUUAGUAGGUGAUGCGGUAGGGUGUGCAUCGCCGCGUUCCGCCUCCCCUCCAGCCAUGAGCAUAGACCUAGACACACACCGGGACGCGAUCCUCCGAGCCUUCCACGACGUAGUGAGCGACAGGACGCCCGAGGACUGGGCGUUGUUUGGUUAUGAGGGACAGACCAAUGUACUGAAGGUGGUGGGAACUGGAGAGGAUGGCCUGGAGGAGCUGGCUGAUGACCUCAACAGCAGCAAGAUCAUGUACGCUAUCCUCAAGGUGCUUGACCCCAACACAACCAGGCCCAAGAUCGUCCUUAUUAACUGGCAAGGCGAGGGUGCGCCAACCGUGCGUAAGGGGACAUGCGCGCGCCAUCUACACGACAUCCGGCGGGUUCUCCAAGGCAUUCACGUGACAGUGAAUGCACGCACAGAAGAGGAGGUGGAGUCUGACGUGGUGAUGGCUGCGGUGAGGAAGGCCUCCGCGUCGUGCUACAACUUCAGCGAGCGCUCAGAGAUGGGGGAGAAGACGACUCCAGUGCGGAAGAAUGUAACCCCCAUCUCUCCACCUACUCGUCUUCCACCUCGCCCUCUUACCACUACUACUACCGCUGCUGCUGCUGCUAAGUUUGGUGGUGGUGGUGGUGGUCGUGGUGUUACUACUACUACCCCUGCUCCUAAGUUUGGUGGUGGUGGUGGUGGUCGUGGCAUUACUACUACUACCACUGCUCCUAAGUUUGGUAGUGGUGGCGGUGGUGGUGGUAGAGGUAGAGGUGGUGGUGGUGGUGGUAAGGGUAGUGAUGGUGGUGUUGGUGUUGGUUCUCCUGCAAGGGGCACCAACUACCGACGCACAAACCCCCUGGCGGAAAUAGACUCCCGCUCCCGCAACAAGUUCUGGGAGGAGCAGGAGGAAGAGGAGAAGAGGAGGAAGAAGGAGGAGCAGCAGAGGAAGGAGGAGGAGUUGAAGAGGCUGGAGAGGGAACGCAAGCAGAGGGAGAUCUCCGAGGCGCAGCACCGGGAACAGCUGACCAAAGAACGGAACAUACGCAUCGCAUCGGAGCGUAAGGCGGAGGAGACAGCGGCCAGGCACCUCUCGGCCCAGGAGCAGCAGAAGUGGCAGAAGGAUGUGGCCCGGGAGCAGCAGGAGGAGGAAGAUGAGAGGAGCAGGAGGGCAGAGGUCAUGAGGCAACAGAGGAAGAAGGAGGCGGAGGCGCUCAUAGGGGGCCGCACACACGCAGCGAGAGACAUGUUUGAGCACCAACGCAACACCCUGAGCAGCACGGCCAACUCCACCACCAGCAACACCAACCGGCCGCCCCCCCGGAGGAUAAAAGAGUUCAACCCCGUCAACAACAACCCCAGAGAGGAAGUAAGGGAUAACCAGCCAUCACAAGUGCCAGCUGUUGCUGCUGCUGCUGCUGCUGCUGUGCCCAGCCGGGGUGUGGCGGCUAGAUGGCCCCCUGCUGCUGCUGCUGCAUCUCCUCAGCAGCAACAGUCCACUGCCACGCCCUCACCUGCACACAGGAGGACAGCUGCCUCCCUCGCCUCCGCCACACAACAACAACACACGCCGGUCCAGGACUACAUCCCCGCCCAGUCCAGCCCGCCCGGCCCACCCUCCAAGCAGCCGCCGCCCUCAGCCUCACCAAACACCCAACCGGAGGCAGGAAAAGGUUAUGUAAGGAACCUGAUGAUGGAAGGUCUGCCAGUGCGCCCCAAGGAAGAGGAGGAGGAGGAGGAGGAAGACACAUGGGGGGAGGAGGAGGAGACGAAGGAAGAGAAGAUCGACACACACACAUCCUCUUCUUCUCAGCUGAUCACCUCUUCUUCCACUGCCUCUAACAUCUCUUCCACUCACCUCUUCUCUGCCCAGCCCUACUCUGGCUCCGCAUACUCCUCCACACACUCCUCCGCCCUUUACUCCUCCCAGAACAACAACAAAAACUUCUACAACAAAGAUAAUGAAAACAACAAUGUCAAUAAUAACUUUGGUCGCAAAAAUCCUCCGUAUUCCUCCUCCUCCACCACCAUCUCCUCCUCCUCCUCCGUCCCUCCGUCACUAGUGGAGGAAAGAACCUCCCUCCACCAGCACCAGCAGCAGACCAGCCACUCACAGUUCGGAGGAGAGAAUGGGGGUGGAAAUUACACAAAUGGCAUGCACCACCACCAGUCAGAGUUGAGGAAUGGCACGUCAUCCUCCCCCACGCGGCAGAAUGGCUCCGCCCACCACCAGCACAACAUCGCCAACACCGCCGCAAGUGAGGUGGUGAUAGCAGCCAACCAGAACGCAGGGAUUGACAACGCCGGUGGAAUGCUGUAUGAAGUGGAUGGUGUUGAGUACCAGAUUCUUCCUGAGCACGGCCUGUGUGCGCGAGCCUUGUAUGACUACCAAGCAGCCGAUGACACAGAGAUCACCUUUGACCCCUCUGAGAUCAUCACCAACAUUGACCAGAUUGACGAAGGCUGGUGGCAAGGAGUUGGCCCGGACGGCAUGUUUGGGCUCUUCCCGGCCAACUACGUCGAGCUGAUCAAUGCAAAACCAGGAGGAGGAGGAGGAGGAGGUGUCUGAGGAAAAAGAGGAGGUAGAAGUGUCGAGGAAGAGAGAGCAAGAGAGUGGAAGAGAGACAGCAAACUAAUUCUCCUGUAACAUACCCUAAUCCUGUACCUUCCUAUCUCUCUCAUCUCCAAUCUGGUUGAAACAUGAUUACUAUAGUUAUUGUUAUUGGUGAUUACGGUAAUUAUUAUGGUGACCGUAGUGGUGGUGGUAGUGGUGGGGUAUGUGGUGGAAGAAUAAAUAAUAAUAAUGAUAACAAUAAUAGUAAUAAUAAUGAUAACAAAAAUAAUAAUAGUUCUAAGGAAUUUAAGAAUGGGAACAAUAUGAGAGAAAUAAUGUUGUCUAUAGGUGCUUAAAUGACAUGAUAACAUAAAUAUAAGGCAGAAGAAGGGGGAACUUUCAAUACUGCCAUCUAAGACCUCUUUUUUAGAAUACCAAUCAGCUCUUGAUCACUGCUCGGGAUCCGAAUCUGAUCUGGAUUCACUCUGCGAAAAUAGAAUGCCUGGAGGCAGUGUGCCAGAUCAGAACAAAAACAGUGGAAAGGAAAAUAGGAAAAUGAAAGAUAGGAUAAGCAAAGUGGAUGGGAAAACAGAGCUCAGUGUAUAGCAGAGUAUGAAGGAGGACCUAAGAAGCGAUUCAAAGCGGAACAGGUCACAGGAAGAAGACAACGGCAAGACUUGUGAAUACUGUGACUAGCCAUAUUUCUACCAGUCCUGUCGUUCAUUACCGCUAUUCUACAUCUUUAGUGCCUAUUAUAGCAUUUCUGCAACAUUGUCUUAACUGAUCAUCUCAUAUAUACUGGAAGAAGAUAAUGAAAAAUAGAUAAAAUUUUCACCUCUACCACCUGUUUCACCGCCACCAUCACCACUAUUAUCACCACCAACCCAUCCCACCUACACACACUUUAAAUAUAACGUUAAUGCAUAAACCUGUGUAUGUGUGUGUGUGUGUGUGUGUGUGUGUGUGUGUGAUGAGCCAGUCUAAGGAGAGCAUAACUUUACUAACAGUCUUGCAUUCAUCAUAGUAACUGUCAUUCAUGGUGUACAGUUAAAUAGCUACAUCAGUCAGUCAGUCAGUCAGUAGUCAGUUAGUCAGUAGUCAGUCAGCCACUGCACUUUAGAAUUGUUGAUCACCCAUAGAUUACUUCAGUCACAGUCCAUUAUUGUGUCAUAACCUCAAGUCAGUCACUGUUUCUUUCAGUCAUUGCUUCAGAACCUUUUAUCAGUCAGUCACUCACUCACUUGGAACCUUCAGUCAGCCACAAAUCUUAUUCCUUCAGUCUGUCAGAAAAUCAAUGACUUAGCUUCCACUGCCAGAUUUGGUGCAAUUCACUAGUGGCCUGUCAUUAUUAGUAUUACAUCUGUCAUUAUCAUUAUUUUUUUAUCAUUAUCAUUAUAACCCAAAAAGUGAAAUGUUCCUCUUUCAUCCAUCUCAUUAUCAAAGUUUUCCUCUUCAUCUUCUCAGUGUGGUGAAUUGUUUCGCUUUUAAAAUUGAUAAUUAUUAUAAUGUGCUUAUUGUGGAAUUUAGACAAACAGGAAAUUCAGACUUUUUACCAUUUAUCAUCUUUCUUAUCCAUCUCAUUACCAAAGUUUGCUUCGUCAUCUUUUUCAUCCCCUUCCUGUUCUCCUCUCACAUAACAAAUUGUAUCACUUACUUUAAUAAUAAUGAUAAUCUACUCACUUAUUGUGGAACUUAUACUGAAACUGAGGAAAAUCGUAAAGAAAUACCUGAUGCCUUGAAGAAUUUAUGCCAUUUUUGGGGGUGGAUCAGGUGGGGGAAGAAGGGAAAUAAGUUGACAUUUUCCUACGCAUGAUUUCUGUAACCUGACAUUUUCAAGGGAGUUUAUCACUUUUGUUGUACUCUGUUUUUGCUUCUGUUAUGCUUGUUAAUUUUCUUGCAUUGCUACUUUUGUAUUUAUUUCAUGUGCACUUCAGUUUUUUACCUCCCAUGUUGCAUAUCCUUUCAUAGUUGCUUCUGUUAUACUUAUAGUUUUUGGCAUUUCUCCUUUUGUAUUUGUUAUUUAUGCAUUCUUUAUAAUUUUGUACUGUCUAUAUUUUGCACCUUGUUUCAUAGUCGUGUGUGUGUGUGUGCCAUUCCCCAACAGAAUGAUCACGUGCUGGACUCGCGAUCACCAGCCAGCACCCUUCCCGAAAGAGCUUAGAGCUGUAUGUGUGUGUGUGUGUGUGUGUGUGUGUGUGUUCGCCGCAGUACUUAAAUCCACAUUAACGCGUAAGGAUGGGGUAGAAGGGGAAGGUGUCAGUGAACAUAAAGAAGAGUUACAGUGAUACUUUCUUGCUCACACAAACUGAUAGGCAUAGGAAGUGUAUGAGUAGUAAGCAGAUUAUUUAAGUUGCUCCUGUUUAUUUUGCUGUUAAUUAACCCAGAAAUGUUUAGGUGAGGACGUGCUGAGGUUAUGUUGUUGAUUACCUGCUCACAAGCACACCUAGGCAUAAAAUGGGUAAGGUUAACAAAAAUAUUAUGGUUUACCUUUUUUUCUUUGUUGUGAAUUAGCCAGCAACAUAGAGGAGUUACGUUAUUCAUUUUCACAUCCACACCCACACUGAUCAAUGCAAAAUAAGUUUAUAAUGAACAUAUGAUUCACCUUUCUCCUAAUAUUUGCUGUGAAUUAACCCACACAUAUAUAAGAGAGAACAUAAGGGAGCUACAUUAUUGAUUUGUCACACCCACACUGAUAGAUGUAAAAAAAAGAGUCUUUCUAACGAGGCUAUGGUUCAUCUUUCUCCUAAUAUUAGCUGUGAAGAAAGUUGAAGUAACCCACAAACACAUGAGAGGUCACAUUGACAUUACGACAUUGUUAUAAGUUCUUUUAAGACAUAUACACUGAUAGAUGAAAAAAAAAAAGUAUAUAAUGAGCACUUUGAAUUCUAAUAUUUGCUGUGAAGUAAGUAACCCACAAACACUGGAGAGGUCACACAGAUAUUAAGACAUUGUAAUUACUUCUUGUUGAGAGACACUCACUGAUAGAUACCAGAAGAGUUCAUAACCAACAUGUAAUUCACCUUUCUCUAAAUAUUUGCUUUGAAGUUCCAGUAACCCACAAGUAUAGUAGAGGUCACAUAGAUGUUACGACACUUAUUAGUUCAUGUUGAGACACACACACUGAUGGAAGCAAAGAAAGUAUUUAUAGUGAACUAAUUCUUCCACCCGCGGCCAAUAGAAAAUGCUCAGGUGUAACGGAGGCUUCGUCGCCAAAUUAAUGUGAAUAGAGUAUGAUCUUACCUUAAUGAAGUAACCUGUAAUGGUGUAAUGUACUAAUAAGGGUGAUAAGUACACUUGUAAUGACAGCAGUGAUUUGUAAUGAUGUUAAUUAAUGAGUGUUUAAAGUAUGAUUGAUAUUUUUUUUUUUUUUUGUGUGUGUGUGUGUGUGUGAUUUCAUUGUGUUUAGUUUAGUUUUGUAUUGUAAUGGAGAAGAGGAUAUAAGUGAGUGAGAGAUAAAUAAGGAAGUGGAAGAGAGGGAGAGGAACAAAAAAGUAAAAAUAAAAAAUAGUUGAGGGAAUGAGAGAAAAGACUGGAGGAAGGAACAAUGAGAAACUGAAAAAGAAGAGGAAAAAAUAAUGAAUUAGAGGGGAAAAAAAUGAAAAGGGGAGUUAGAGGAGGAGAAAAAGAUGAAAUAAGUGAUAUAUAAAUGAGGGGAAGAGAGAAGGGAGGGGGAAAGAAGUGGAGAAUGAAGGAACAGGUGAAUGUGGAAGAUAUGAGGGAGGGGGAAAGAAGUGGAGAAUGAAGGAACAGGUGAAUGUGGAAGAUAUGAGGGAGGGGGAAAGAAGUGGAGAAUGAAGGAACAGGUGAAUGUGGAAGAUAUGAGGGAGGGGGAAAGAAGUGGAAAAUGAAGGAACAGGUGAAUGUGGAAGAUAUGAGGGAGGGGGAAAGAAGUGGAGAAUGAAGGAACAGGUGAAUGUGGAAGAUAUGAGGGAGGGGGAAAGAAGUGGAAAAUGAAGGAACAGGUGAAUGUGGAAGAUAUGAGGGAGGAGGAAAGAAGUGGAAAAUGAAGGAACAGGUGAAUGUGGAAGAUAUGAGGGAGGGGGAAAGAAGUGGAAAAUGAAGGAACAGGUGAAUGUGGAAGAUAUGAGGGAGGAGGAAAGAAGUGGAAAAUGAAGGAACAGGUGAAUGCAGAAGGAGUAAGAGGAAAACAUGAUUAUAUACAUGGAAAAAAAAAGCUUUAUACAUUGUCAGAAUAAUUAUUUUAGUGCUUAAGUAAACAUUUCCUCUCGCUAUGUAAUGCCUGUUUUAGUUUAACAUCCAACAUAUACAAUUCAACACUACAUGUUCUCUCUAUUUCAUGUUUGCUAUAUUUAUUUAUUUAUAUAUUUUUUUUUACUAAUAAUCAUAACUUCUUAUUUAUUGUGAUCAGCGUUACCAAAGUGUCAUACUCUGAGCAUUGCAUUUAUCAUUUUCAGGCUCCAAGACUGUCGUAAACACACAAAUAACGAUAGAAAAUUAGUUAUCGUUAAAACUUAAAUACUGACGGUUUUAUUCUUUUUUGCUAUAGUUAUCGGUCAGAAACUAAGAAAAUGCAAUGUGAUGAGUACGAUAACUUGGCAGUGCUGAUUGUGAUGUUCCUUCACUGCAUCGUUGCCAGAUUGUCGUACUCAGCCUCUUAUGUUUGCCAAUUUCCGACCCAAUAACUGUCUCCUCCACCCCGAUAACAAGAUACAUUUGUAGUUAUCGUUGAAAUGGUUAAUUAUCGGUGUUUUUUUAGCAAUAGUUAUGGGUCAGAAGCCGGUAAAUAUGAGGCUGUGAGUACGAUGAUCUGGCAACGGUUCCUUACUGUAUCAUGACACGCAUUUUUUUCUUAAUGUUCAGUCAGUUUUGAGUAAUGUUCCAUCAUGCUUGUAACACACUACUAGUACUACUACUACUACUACUACUACUACUACUACUACUACUACUACUACUACUACUACCACCACCACCACCACUACCACUACUGUUUAAGGCACCUCGCAACGCUCAUGUGCAUUUACAAGUCUAGUGUGCGUGUGUAUGUAGGUGUGUGUGUGUGUGUGCGUAUUCCGAUAAAAAAACAUGCUCAUCCCUGUACGUUCACAAACACACACAAACACACACAUAGUGGACUUCAUACUAUAGAUAUUUAAGAGUGACAUGAUUUGUUUUUUCUAAUAUUUUUUACUACUUUUUGUUACUUCUGUUUAUGGUGAUUAAUUUUUCUCGUGAAAUGUGAAAAUUUUUUGAAUCAAUCUUUUCUUUCCUUAAAAUUUCUUUCUUAGUCGCAGUUUAUUGCCAAACUAACUACAGUGGACCCUAGAUUCCCUGGACUAAGAGAGAAGGGGUUGUUUGUAGAGCCUUGGAGUUUUCUGAAUGAAAUAAUAAAAAAAAGUUAAAACAGGCCAGCAUAGAGGAAUUUUGAAUAUCCAGAAUUUUGCCCCUGAAAUCCCAAGUCCAGGGAACCAAGGGUCUACUGUAUUAUUAUUAUUGUUAUUAUUAUUGUUAUAAGUAAUGGGUGCUUUUUACUAGUUCCUUAUAUUUGUUUGUUUAUGUUGUGUGUUUUUGCAUGUCUGUGUUUGUUUGUGUUUGUAGCUUUAAUUGUCAUAAUUUUGAUAUUUUCUACGAACCAACUUUACAAUUGUUCAAACAUUUACAGAUAUUAGUCAAUGCUGCUUGCCUUUGUUUACCAUGAUUGGCAUUUUGUUUACAUUGCUGUUUAUUGUCUGUUUUUCACAUUAAUACAACUUGCAUCAGUUUA